GAAGUGCGAUUAGACACUAAUCUCGGUAGUGACAUCCAUAGCUAACAUGCAUCGAAAGAGACGUCCUUAUCCGGCACAUGCAAAUUCACGAUCUCUCUGAGGUACCAGCCAAGCACCGCAGAACGACAUAUGUCGCCAAGGCAUGCUCGCAGUGCGCCAAGUCAAAGCAACGCUGCGAUGGUCAACUACCCUGUAGUAGAUGUACAUCGAAGGAGCUAGACUGCUCAUAUGCAAAGUCAAGAAACCGACGUGCGUCCCAGAGCACGCAAAGCUCUGUCGUCGAUCAUGGUAAAACAUCAGUACCCAGCGUUCCAAAUCAUGAGCUGCAAAAGGCGGCCACUUCCUCAAAUUUGGAGAAUCAGCCAGAGGUCAAUCCUGUGCAGUUUGGGGAUUUUUCGGAAAUGAAUAACGCUCCACUCCCGUUCUGGUCAUCAAAUGACGUGGAAGCAAUCACUUAUCUUUUAUCUCAGCCACCACUGGUCCUAGACCAGAAUCUUGGGUCCGUUUUUGAUACUCAUGGAGACCUUCAAGGUUUUGGUUUCAGCAACAUAGGAGCUUUCUUGGGCCUGGAGGGUUAUCGCUCGCUUGUAGAUGAAACCCCAAGCCUAUCAUCCCAGUCAGCUCCUGAUUACUCAUUGGCCGAGACAACAAUUCCUCAACAUGUUGCUCUAACGCAAGAAAUGCCAGCGUCAGCUCCCAGUGAACCCGCUGUGGAGGGUCUUGAAACAGAAGCCCCGGCACCGACCUUCACCCAAACGUUCAAGUCCCCUGAUUCCUCACAUGAAAGGUCAAGUGACGUGAAUGUCUCAAUAUUCAAUGAAGGCAUCUCCCAAGACUAUGAUGCGUGGCGAGCAGAAGAUUACUGCCAUGUGCCGCGUUUGACCGAGGACGUGUACGAAGAAAUGACCAAGCAUUUUGCACGUUACAAUAGUGACGACGAAUAUUGGACUCCGUUCACUUGCAGAAACUUUCCACCAAUCACUCAUAUUAACACCUUCAUACAAGUAUAUUUUGAAGAGUUCCACUCCCUUCUCCCGUUUCUGCACAGAGCAACCUUUGCCCCAACCAGGGACAAAUGGAUGUUGUCUCUUGGCAUUGCUGCUGUUGGCUCCAUAUUCUCUCGGGCAAAAAGCUCGAGAACCACUAUCUAUGAUUUACAAGAGUUCCUCCGACGAGCCAUACAUGUCCAGGUUGAACGCGUGCGAAACUUGCUGCCAGAUGUCUGCUUGGUCCAGGCAGCUCUUCUCAAUCUACUUGGCAUAAUGUUUUCCCCACAAAUGUCGUUGUGUGAGGCUGUCCCUACCACGAUGACUCUCAUCGAGACCUUGUGUCGAAAGAUGGCGUGCUACACCAAUUUUGACGAGUUUGGUCGACCACUUGAAACUAAAAGUUCGGGCUAUGACAAUUGGGCCGAAUGGAUCAAGAAGGAAAGCCUGCAGCGCCUCUUUUACUCGCUUUGGAUACUCGAUUGCCAGCACAGCUGUUUUUGGGCAGGCCCUGGAAUAAUUACUCUAGAUUGCCUACAGUUACCAGCGCCUUCACAUCCGUCACUCUGGGAGGCCUCAAGUCAAGAAGCAUGGCUUAAAAAUCGAAAUACCUCAUCUUACAACGCUCUGCCUUUUCGAAGCGUGCUUCUUGAAUUUUAUCGCACUCAAAAGAUUCUGAGCCCUGACCCUUUCAACAUACUAUUGCUGAAUAUUGGAGUCAAAUAUCAUGCCGAAAAGCUUCAUCGUGCUCCAAUCUACCUAAAUAUCCUCCAGGAACAUGCCGAGGCGCUGCUACCACCAACAAAACUCUCUGGUGCCGUUCAAAGUCUCUCCCACCUACUAUCAAUGUUCAUCUAUUUACCCGUCCGAGAACUUUAUGCAUUUACGGGCUGGCGUGUGAGCAGUAGCCAGAGGGCCAUUAAUAACACCAAGUUGCGUACCUGGAUACAAAGCAAAACCGAAGCACGUGCCUCUCUUAUGCACGCCUGUAAGGCUUGGUCAAUGAUUCGCAACAGGAAAACAGGGUCACAGCAUGAGACAAUGGGUUUCUUGCUCGCAGCAGUCAUGAUUUGGGCCUGGAUCGAGUUGGGUAAAAAGCCAGAGGUGGAGGACCUGAACCUAUUGGUAACUGUUCGGUUGGAUCAGGGCACAGACAUGCUAAAAGCAUGGAUAACUCAAAACAAUGACAGCCGUCUUUAUCUCGGUGGCGUGGGUUGCCUGUGGGAAGAGGGAGCAAGCAGGAGGCUGAUACAUGAGUCUACAAAAACACUUGAGGGUCUUGACUGGCCACUGGCUCGGGUUUUGGCAUUGAAUUUACGAGAGCACUACAAGAGUUACCCAGAUAAAAGACUUCCAGGAUAA